UUGUAGAUGUUGUAUUGUAGAUGUUGUCUUCAUGUUGCUCCUCCCCCCAGAGAGUCUCUGCUGGCUGAGAUGGGCGUGUCCAUUAAAGAAGAUGGAGGAACGUUAGGGGUGUUCUCUCCUAAAGGGACUCCUCACCUGGUGAAUCUGAACGAGGAUCCUCUGAUGUCAGAAUGUCUGCUGUACUACAUCAAGGAGGGAGUCACCAGGGUUGGUCAACAGGAUGUGGAUAUCAGACUGUCUGGUCAGUUCAUCAAGGAACAACACUGUGUCUUCUACAGUCAUACCAACCAUCAGGGAGAGGUCAUAGUAACCCUGGAACCUCUGGAGGGGGCGGAGACUUAUGUCAACGGGAAACAGAUCACAGAAGCGCUGGUGCUAAAACAAGGUAACCGUAUAGUGAUGGGGAAGAACCAUGUGUUCCGGUUCACCCACCCAGAACAGGCCCGUCUGGAGAGAGAACAGAGAGAGAGGAGCAGUACCAGCCACCAGGAGACCGGAUGCACUGCCAACACAGGCCUCCAGGGGGAGCCAGAGGACUGGACCUACGCUCAGCGAGAACUACUGGAGAAACAAGGGAUAGACAUCAAACUGGAGAUGGAGAAGAGACUGCAGGACAUGGAGAUUCAGUACCGGCGGGAGAAGGAAGAAGCAGACCUGUUACUGGAACAACAGAGACUGUACACAGACUCAGACAGUGGAGACGACUCUGAUAAGAGAUCCUGUGAAGAGAGCUGGAGACUGAUUUCUUCACUCAGAGAGAAACUACCUGCUAACAAGGUCCAGUCGAUAGUAAAGCGUUGUGGCCUGCCCAGUAGUGGUAAACGUCGGGAACCACUCAGGGUCUAUCAGAUCCCUCAGCGUCGACGAAUCAGCAAAGACCCCAAACGGGUUACCAUCAGAGACCUGAGGAUGCAGGCGGUCAAAGAGAUCUGCUACGAGGUUGCGUUGGGUGAUUUCCGUCACUCUCGCCAGGAGAUCGAGGCGCUGUCCAUUGUGAAGAUGAAGGAGUUGACCCGUAUGUAUUCUAAGAAAGACAACGCGGAGGCCGACAGCUGGAGGGCCGUAGCACAGGAUGUCUGGGACACCGUGGGGAUAGGGGAGGAUAGGAGGGGGGAGGAGGUGGAGGAGGAGGGAGGGGCGGCGCCAGGGGGUGUGUACGACCUGAAGGCUCAUAUCGAUAGGCUGACGGAUGUUCUACAGGAAGUAAAGAUUCAGAAUAAUAUGAAGGAUGAAGAGAUCAAAGCUCUGAGAGACAGGAUGGUCAAGAUGGAGAGCAUAAUACCUACUGGACAGGAGGAGGACAUGGAAAAUGACGACGAGGAAGGGGGCGGUUCCCAAUGUGAUGGUGACGGGGCCGAUGAUGACGGACAGCCCAAUCCACCCAAUGAGAAGAGAGUAGUUAAGCUGAUGACAGACGACCCGGCCUUUAGACGAGGGAGGAUGAGGUGGCUGAAACAGGAACAGACCCGAAUACAGAACCUUCAACAACAGAAUAUUACUAAAAGACUCAGACAGAACACCCAGAACUCCCCAACCCCCAACACCCCUCUGGUCCCAGUGCACCCCCCCCCUGUGGUCCACCUCCCCGGGACCGGCCGCUUCAUCCCCCCACAGGACUGUAAACUGAAGUUCCCCUUCAAGAGCAACCCCCACCACCGUCUCUCAUGGAGCCCUGCCACUGCCCUGAUGAUGCUGGGGGAGGGGGGGAUGGAUGGAGAGUGGGAAGAGCGGGCAGAGGGAGGAGGUGGUAAAGCAACUCCCUCUCCUCCUCCUGCUGCUCUCCUCCCACUCCCCUUCCAGAUGGUCCCUAGAGGCCACACCCCUUCCCCACACCGCACCUGGCAACAACCACAACAGCACCGUAGCAACAGUAACCACGGGAACCCGCACUUCCCAGUUCCCGGGCAACAGCAGGGUCCGCCUCCGUGGCGAUAUAGGCGGAACUCCCUGGACAGCUCCCCGCAGGGCAACAACAACAAUCACCAGGGAAACAACUACCACGGCAACCCCAACAACAACGGAGGUGGUCACCAGGGGCGACCGCGUUAUCGUGGAGGAGGAGGAGGAGGGAUGGAGGGAAGAGGAAGAGAGAGGGAUCAGAGAGGAGAAGGAGGGAGGUUUCAGCAGGGAGGAGGAGGAGGAGGAGGAGGGUACCAUCACCCCUACUACAUCCCACCUCACCAACACCUCUACCACAGCAGCAGCCUGCCACGCAGCCACAACCCUCCAGCAGGGGGCCACGUUUCUCCACAGGGACGAGGAGGUGGUGUCGGGUGGUUCCAGGAGGGGUACAGCACCCCCCCUCGCAUGAAGAGGCAGUUUAGUGCCCCCGAUCUGAAGAGCAAGGAGACCCCUGUGUGACCUCUCACCCCUGACCCCACACACAGACAACCUUCCUAUAAGGACACUGCAUAUCCAGCUGACAGGCUAUGACCUGUCAUAACACUACAUACUGCUGUUAUAACUGAUGCUACUACACUACAUGACAUGGUGUAUAAUGUAGCUAUAUGGACUGAGGCGUGUGUGUGUGUCUGCAUGCUUCUGUCUCUGUCAUUGUGUAAUUGAAUACGGAACAGAGUGUGUGUGUGUGUGUCAACGCUUUGCAAACUCUGUGUCACUCACACACAACACUAAAUAACGCCAGUGUGUGUGUGUGUGUGUGUGUGUGUGUGUGUGUUCCUGCUGUAGUGUUUAAGCGUUCUCAUAUACAACAGGUCUUUUUAAAUCGUAGUUCUGAGGGUCUUUCUGAAGGUUCUAGUUGUUGAUACGUUCUCAUGCACCAGCAGAGCAUUAUGGGUGGUGCCUCGGCCCACACUACCGUACCUCCUCUUCCCGUACAAAUUCAAUAUUGAUCAUUUAUUUGACCCGAGACGCACGCCAACACAAAGACCCAUCAAUCUCAGAUAAAGCAUCCGAGUGACAGAAACAGCACCCCUCUGUCUGUCUCCUCUGUCCCCUCUGUCUGUCUCCUCUGUCCCCUCUGUCUGUCUCCUCUGUCCCCUCUGUCUGUCUCCUCUGUCCCCUCUGUCUCCUCUGUCCCCUCUGUCUGUCUCCUCUGUCCCCUCUGUCUGUCUCCUCUGUCCCCUCUGUCUGUCUCCUCUGUCCCCUCUGUCUGUCUCCUCUGUCCCCUCUGUCUGUCUCCUCUGUCCCCUCUGUCUGUCUCCUCUGUCCCCUCUGUCUGUCUCCUCUGUCCCCUCUGUCUGUCUCCUCUGUCCCCUCUGUCUGUCUCCUCUGUCCCCUCUGUCUGUCUCCUCUGUCCCCUCUGUCCCCUCUCUGUCCCCUCUGUCUCCUCUGUCCCCUCUGUGAUACUAUUUCUGGCCAGACAGCAUCAGAGACAUAUAGUAACAUAGAGGGGUGCUGAUUGGAUGCUUUCUCCAGUGAGAUAGUUACAGCAGAAAGGAAGUCUCUCCAGAAUAAGCCCAAUGCGUUUCUAUAGGCAUAAUAUGCAGACCUAAGCAUGUCACCUGCCUUCCUGCCAUUAGGACGACUCCCGUUGUUAGGGCGGAGACAUGAACAUCUAGUCAUUAUAUACAGAGCUCUAGUUUCAGCCUCUUGGGAAUUGGAAAGUUAGCGGGUGCACAGUGCACUGUUAGGAUGCUGUCUUCCCUUAAAGUAAAUUUAUGUUUUGCCAAAAUUAUAUAAUUACUCCUGUUGUCCAUUUUUUUCAUUUUGUUUGGAGCGCUAUAUGUGAGCAAUGAGCAUGUGUCUGGUUUCUCUGCCCUGAUAACAUGGAGGGAGAGCAUGUGUCUGGUUUCUCUGCCCUGAUAGUGUUGAGGGAGAGCAUGUGUCUGGUUUCUCUGCCCUGAUAACAUUGAGGGAGAGCACGUGUCUGGUUUCUCUUCCCUGAUAACGUUGAGGGAGAGCAUGUGUCUGGUUUCUCUUCCCUGAUAACGUUGAGGGAGAGCAUGUGUCUGGUUUUUCUGCCCUGAUAACGUUGAGGGAGAGCAUGUGUCUGGUUUCUCUGCCCUGAUAACAUGGAGGGAGAGCAUGUGUCUGGUUUCUCUGCCCUGAUAACGUUGAGGGAGAGCAUGUGUCUGGUUUCUCUGCCCUGAUAACAUGGAGGGAGAGCAUGUGUCUGGUUUCUCUUCCCUGAUAACGUUGAGGGAGAGCAUGUGUCUGGUUUCUCUGCCCUGAUAACAUGGAGGGAGAGCACGUGUCUGGUUUCUCUUCCCUGAUAACGUUGAGGGAGAGCAUGUGUCUGGUUUCUCUGCCCUGAUAAUGUUGAGGGAGUGUGUGCACCUGAGCAUGCAUAGAAGUAGGCCUACCUGGCCUGCUGUGUGUAUAUGUAGACAAGCUGAUUUGGGAUGUCUGAUCACCCACCCCGUCCACCACUGAUCACCCACCCCGUCACCACUGAUCACCCACCCCGUCACCACCACCUGUUAUCAGCUGAGCCUCUCAGUCAUUUUUUCCUCACCUCACACAGGAAGUUCAUGAAGUCUGACUUUUUUUUUUAUACAUCCAUUGCGAAUGAUAAUAGUUCCUCACGGUAUUUGAAAAAAAAAAACACUCCUGGCCAAUGAUAAUCAACAAGCCUCGGUAUGAAAAAGCUAAAUAUCAUGAUCUGAUGAUCCCAUAUAUCCAGUGGAAAUGGCAGAAAAAACUGCUUUCUGUCCCGAAGCUCACUGGUGCGAGAAACGCUGAGGGCCCGGAAUAGGCUAGUUGAUACUAUGUUGCAGGUUCACUAGCCUUUGGGCUGGACUCAGUUGAUGAUAGCUGGACUCAGUUGAUGAUAGCUGGACUCAGGUGAUGAUAGCUGGACUCAGGUGAUGAUAGCUGGACUCAGGUGAUGAUAGCUGGACUCAGGUGAUGAUAGCUGGACUCAGUUGAUGAUAGCUGGACUCAGGUGAUGAUCAAGUCAAUAACAAUGGAAAGGGAGGCAGACAGCAGAGUAGAGAGAUGAAUGCGAUUGAAAAUGAAAGAAUAAAUAUUUUUAUUGGGA